UGGUAUUGUGAGCCUUCAUCGUAUCGUUCAUCUAUCUGGUACUGUACAUCUUUGCUGAUUGCGUAUCGGUACCAAUGCAACAACCAAACACGUUCCGAUACCGUACCUGGUACCAGAAAGCCAUGGCAAGGAUCGAGAUGCUUCUUCUUGCAUUCUCCCCGGGUGCGUAAAAGGAAGCCGGCGGAAUUGUCUCUACUAGGAUUUCAUCCUGCAGAGAUGUGAAGACAAGGCAAAUCCGGUGACAACAGCUUGAUCUCUCGUCUCCACCAAGGAUCUUCACACCUUCCUUCAGAGAAGAGCACAUGACACAAUGACACAAUGACACCGCAGCGGUCUCGUCAUGAUGUUCCUACGGAUGAAUUAUUUGAAGAGGCUUACAGUGGGAUUGCUCAGCAUAUCUUCCCCAAUGGAUUCCCUGCAAUGCCAAAGUUAUUAUCGAAAGAAGUAGACGCUAUUGAAAAAGCGUGGCAAAGAUCUACUACUCGGAAGAGGAGUCGAGCCACCAUCACCGAGGCACAAGCUGUAAAGUCUCUCCAAAAGCUUCAAAGCGUUGCCAAAGAAGUUGGUUUUACGACCGACCAGCAAAAUUCCAUUUGUUUGAUUGCUUGUGGAACUCUGGAUCCUCAAUCUGUUUCCAGCAAGGCGUCCUUGUCCGCCGAAGAUUUCGCGGCAAGCACUUGCUUGUUGUUUCGAGACUUGGUAACGAUCAAUCUACCAAAAUCAGGCCAUUUCAUCUCGGAGCUUUCUGUACUCAAGCUCCUUUCCGCAUGUCAGACGCCCAAAGCGGAUGCUUUGGGAAUUGCCAGUGUCUUGCAAUUCUUAUGGCUAGCAGUCCAAAAUGGAGCUCUCUCGGAACCGGCAGAACGAGCAUUGGAUUCAUUGUACAGUGUCAUUUUUAAAUGGUCCACCGAUCCAGCCUUGUGUUUCGAUGCCGUUCGAUUGCUGUUGGUCAUCACCACGAAGAAACACGCCCGUGUUUUUAGAGCCAGACGCCUACAUAGAUUCUAUGUGGCUACUGGUGCAGCGCCUGCAAAGUUUGCCCCACUGGUGUUGCUGGAACUGUUUGCCAGGCUGAACCCUCCUGGGUGCGGCCCCAUUUUGGCAACGAUACCCAAUCGGCCCAAAGAACGAGAUGUCAAGAAGAAUGCUCGAUGGCUAGUCUUCCCAAAUACAGCUUGGAAGAGAGCCUUUGAACACACUUGGUACAAACAAGACAACGAGUCUCCAGAAGGAGCUCCUCAAAGCACCAAUCUUUGCUCUCUUCCUGGUCUCUCUUGGGAUCCAUUAUCAGACUCGGGAUUAUUCCAUGGCCGACUAGCCCCAUUUCAAGAUUCUGACCGGUUCAGAGUAUCUUUAUCAUUCAUGCUCCAGCAAGAGUGGCACCAUCCGGAAACGACGUCAGCUCCCAAAGACAAUCUGCCAUCGCAGUCUGCGACAAAAGACAAAGAAUCUCGAUCAUCAACAAUAAGUGAAAAGAUGGACCUUGAUGACUCUUCUUCAGACGAUAGCACCACGAGUGAUGAUGGGGCGGGUGAAGACCGAACUGUCAGACAGCGCAACAAUCCACCGACUUUGGCGACGCAAACAACCACAACAACAACAACAAGGAGGGUUGCAAUACUGAAACGGGUGGCAGCAGCUGCAAUGAAAGCGGAACAUUCGUUUGAAGUGGAAUCUGCCUUUGUCACUGACUUACUACUUCCAUCAUGGGAUGGCGCGGAAGAAUGGGGUGUGUGGCUCUUAUACGACAUUUUGCCUGCCCUUGCCAUUCCAAGCACCUUCUCGGAUCUUUGGAGCAAAGUACUAAUCUAUCUGGAGAGACUGUUUCUGUUUGGGACGGCCAAGGUUCGGUAUGCCAUUGUUGCAGGUACGCUGUCGUCACUCUUGAGCCGUUUGGCACGCCAUGGAAGAGAAGAACAUGGCAGCAGCGCAGCUCGCCAAAGACUGGUAAAGGAAUUCGUUCAUUGGACAAAUCACUUGCUGGUGGAGAGUUCCCUCUCACACGGAUCAUGGGGGUCUUCGCUGGAGUCAGAAGCGGCGAUUACAUUUUUUCGAGUCGUCAGCCGCGAGGUUACGCAAAGCUGCCGGCUGGUGGUUUUGCCUCCCACAACGUGGGCACAUCGACUGCUGCUCUCGUCUUCUCUGUUCCCAAUCGAUCGGGUCUGGGAACUUAUGGUAGCCUAUGCAAACAGCUUGAAAGAAUUGAAAACAAAGCAGGCGAACAGCAACGGGACUAUUAUUGAGGGAUUGGACAGGGUUGCAAUCUUCAACUGCCUCUUGGUGGAUUUCAGCCUCGCCAUUCAUCAUCAAAAGCAUGACGAGAAGGUGACGGGUAUGUCGAUACUCUAUCAAGACACACCUGAGACGACAAUCACAAGGCUUGGGGGAAAAGCCAUGCUGCAUGAAACCAUGCCCAGGAUGCUUUCAAUAGAGACAGGGGCUGCCUCGGCUCAAUUUGUCUCCCAAUUCUUGUGUCGCAAUGGGAGGCUUCCAUUGGGAGUGGGUGAACUGCUGCAGGGGAAAGAGAAACACCAGUAUUUUGAGUUUCUCUGGAAAGAAAUUGGGAUGGAUGGUCUUCACGCUUUUGAAACUCUCUUCAUCAAUCGCAGGAUUUGAAGGCUAAGCAGUUAAGAGAGCUUUUUUUUUUGUGCCCUGUGCUGUCGAGCACUAGUCACGCAGACAACGAUAGUAGGUAGUAAUACCUCAACUGAAUAACCUAUUGAAGUACCUA